UAAAAACUUCCCUGAAACGCGAUAAACCUCACUAUUCUUCCACAUUUUCCAGAGAGUUAACCAUCAUGAAUUCUUUAAACAGCGAACUUUUAAAAGUUGUUAAAUGUCCCUCUUGUUGUCAAUACAUGAAAGCUCCAAUCUACGUCUGUGUUUCAGGACACAGUAUUUGUAGUUUCUGCUGGAACAUCAAUUCAUGUCCGAUUUGUAAACUUAAAAUGAGCGAUAUUCGAAACUUUUCAUUGGAAAGUGUAAGUUCGGUGCUUCAUUACCCUUGCAAUAAUGAGAUACGAGGAUGUUCACAUUACAUGAAACUAGAAGAAUGUGCAGAACAUCACCAGAUAUGUGACUACAGAAACUACAGAUGUAUGUUCGACAAGUAUUGCAGUUGGCAAGGGACAAGGGAUACACUGAAAAAACAUUAUGUGGACAAACACGACAAUAACGUCUUGAUCGGGAAUGAAAAUGUGUGUUUGUGGAAGCAAGACAAACCGGACUAUACAGUUUAUCUAAUGAUGGCUUUUGACGAAUUGUUUUACGUACACAUAAGAUUAAGAGAUGGCAUCAUGUAUUGGGUUAUCCAGUACAUCGGACGACCUGAAGACGUGAUUUUAUAUUGUUUUGAAAUCCAAAUUUUCACAGACCAAUUUAAUGACCGAAAAUUAGAAUUUUCCGAAAUUUGUCACGACGACGUUAUGGAAAACGUUGACGAUAUCAUCGACAGUGGAUUUUGUGUUGCUGUUCCCAUGUCGGUUCUAGAAACUUACAUCAACGACGAAGGUGCAGUUUUUUACAAAAUUGAAAUUAAACAAGCUUGAUUUUAACAUGUUUUUUGUAUCGUAUUAAUUAAAUCGUGUACUAAAUUCAAUUAAUAAAGUGUUAUUCAAUAAGUGUUAUAACAA